AAAGCAGGAGGAGAGCCCUGCAGGCCAAGGACAGCAUCUAACCAAGGAGCCAACCCACUGGGCCAGGGAAGAUGUCCCGGCACGGUGGUGGCCCGACGGUGGCUGACUGCGGAGAGGCAGCCCGGACCGAUCCCAGAGAAAGGCAGGCAGCAGAAUCAGUAUUUGACCGACUGGAGCCCUCAGGACCGUUGGCAGGCCCUCUUUUCCAGCUAGCCAGUUGCCCAUCUGUCCAUCCACCAGUCCAUCGCUGCUCCCUCCUCACCAGAGAGCCCAGAGAAGGGCCUGGUCACAGCCCAGGAGGGGCUCACUCGAGUCAGUCCUAGGGGCCCUGCAGCCAGCUCCCCUGGGAAGUGCUCCCUGCUGCACCUGAAGACCUCACUCCCUUGCUGCUGUGACACUUGGGAACCAGAGUGUGCGCCCACGAGGCUCCUUUGCGCUAGCCGUGCAGCCCCAGCCAGAUGUGGGGGGGCGGCUGCCCAGAGGCAUGCUCCCAGCCCUGCCAUGCGGCCCUCACCUCCUGCUGCUGCUCCUGGCCUGCCAGGUGAGCACUGCCGUCCCCUUGUUCCUGCACCCUGCCAGCCCCACCUGCUGGUGGUCCCACCGUGUGCCUCCACUGUCCCAGCUGCAGGUCCCCGCUGCCCAGGUGAUGGACUUCCUGUUUGAGAAGUGGCAGCUCUAUGGCGACCAGUGUCUCCACAACCUGAGCCUGCUGCCCCCACCCACAGAGCUGGUCUGUAACAGAACCUUUGACAAGUAUUCCUGCUGGCCGGACACCCUUCCCAACACUACAGCCAGCAUGUCCUGCCCCUGGUACCUGCCCUGGCACCACAAAGUGCAGCGCCACUUCGUCUUCAAGCGGUGUGGGCCCGAUGGGCAGUGGGUGCGCGGGCCCCGGGGGCAGCCGUGGCGAAAUGCCUCCCAGUGCCGGAUGGAUGACGAGGAGCUCAAGGUCCAGAAGGAGGCAGCCAAGAUGUACAGCGGCUUCCAGGUGAUGUACACCGUGGGGUACUCCCUGUCCCUGGGGGCUCUGCUCCUGGCCCUGGUGAUCUUGCUGGGCCUCAGCAAGCUGCACUGCACCCGAAACUACAUCCAUGCGAACCUGUUUGCGUCCUUUGUGCUCAAGGCCAGCUCUGUCCUGGCCAUUGACGCGCUGCUCAAGACCCGCUACAACCAGAAGAUCGGCGACGACCUCAGCGUGAGCAUCUGGCUGAGUGGCGGGGCGGUGGCUGGCUGCCGGGCGGCCACGGUGUUCAUGCAGUACGGCGUCAUGGCCAACUACUGCUGGCUCCUGGUGGAGGGCAUGUACCUGCACAGCCUGCUGGGCCUCGCCACUGCCCCCGAGAGGAGCUUCUUCACCCUCUACCUGACCGUUGGCUGGGGCGCUCCCAUGCUGUUCAUCAUCCCCUGGGCGGUGGUUAAGUGUCUGUUUGAGAACAUCCAGUGCUGGACCAGCAAUGGCAACAUGGGCUUCUGGUGGAUCCUGCGCUUCCCGGUCUUCCUGGCCAUCCUGCCCAGGGAGACCGACUGCAUCCUGCCUGGGCAGACAGAGGGAGGCCCCGGCACUCAGCCAGGAUACUGUUCGGUGCCCUGGGCCUCUACCCAUCCUGUGCGCGCCCCAGCUGGCUGCCAGGCCCAUCUGCCAGAGGGACAGAUGGGGCCCAGGGCUCCCCUGAGCCUUGCCCUUCACAUGCAGAUCAACUUCUGCAUCUUCAUUCACAUCCUGCACAUCCUCGUGGCCAAGCUGCGAGCCCACCAGAUGCGCUACACUGACUACAAGUUGCGGCUGGCCAAAUCCACGCUGACCCUCAUACCUCUGCUGGGGGUCCAUGAGGUGGUGUUCGCCUUCGUGACAGAUGAGCACGCCCAGGGCACGCUGCGCUCCGCCAAGCUCUUUUUCGACCUCUUCCUUAGCUCCUUCCAGGUGUCUGCCCCGCCUGUGCACCACUGGUCCCCCCCAUCACCCCUCACCCUUGGGUCUGCCCUGACCAUCUCCUCUCUCCAGGGCCUGCUGGUUGCUGUCCUCUACUGUUUUCUCAACAAGGAGGUGCAGUCAGAGCUGCUGCGGUGCUGGCACCACUGGCGCGGGGGCAAAGCACUGCAGAAGCGCCCUGUUGGCAGCCAUGUGGCCUCAGCCCAGCCCACCGGUGGCCCCUGCAGUGAGAGGCUGCUGCUUUCCAUUGGGGGUGCCAGCAACAGGGCCAGCCAGGACCGCUCUUCGGAGACCCGCUUGGCCGACAGCCUCCCCGGGUUGGAUGAGAGCCCCGUCUGAAGCCCCUGGAGCCCCUGCUGGGGUCAGACUCGGGGGCCUAGAGAGGGCAUCUCCAGGCAGCCCAGGGGAGCCGGGCAGCAGCCCCACUGUCCUCAUGGCCUCUCCUCCCACGCCUGCUCGGUGCCCAGGGUGGUGGGGAAGCUGCCCUGUGAGUGCACGCCUGCACAUCCCGCCACAUGUCAGCAUGCCCAGGGCUGAGGAGUUGCGUGUCCUCCAAUAAAGAGCUGGAUGGUG